AUGUCCUCCUUGUUUGCUCACCUCUUGGCCGUGUGUGGCAUGCUAUAUGCUGUGAUUUAUUUUGUGGACACGGUGUUCAAAUCGUGCAUGUUGUAUCCGUAUCUAAUGUUCCUCAGCCGCAAUGGGAUUGAGGUCAAACCAUUCAGGUUAAGCUUCUUCACUAAAAGUUUGAACCGCUUCUUUGUCCGGAGCGCCCAUUGGAGACCACGACUGUCAUACUGGUGGUUCACCAUUGGUGCAUAUGUUUCGGCCUUCCUGGUGAUACCCGCCAUGAUCCUGUUGGUUAAAACUUUCAUAGAGGCUCUGGUACCCUUGAACUCUGAGCUGAGACCUAAAUACCAAGGCAUUGUGCUUCAACCAGUUAUGCCAGGAGUGAAUAUGCCCAUCAGUGAGCUCGGGUAUUACUUCUUGACUUUGUUAUCGUGCAGUGCUUUUCAUGAGGCCGGCCACGCCAUUGCAGCCGUUGGAGAAGACGUUCGGGUCGUCGGUUUUGGAUUCUUCCUCAUGUUUGUCCUACCUGCGGCCUACGUCAAUCUGCCAACGGAUCAACUCUUAGCUUUGAGGCCUUUUCAGCAACUGAAGAUUUUUGCCGCCGGUAUAUGGCACAAUGUGGUUCUGGCUGGAUUUGCAUACCUCUUACUUUUGUCGAUUCCCACCAUGAGUAAGGCAUUUUAUACGACGAAUGAGGGGUUGUACCUCACGUCAGUAGGAGCUACCUCAUCCGUCCGUGGUCCCACUGGCUUAGAGCCCGGUCAGAUUGUCACCUCGAUUAAUCAUCAUUGCCUCGUUCAAGACUCGAAAACAUGGCGGGCCUGUCUUUUACAGGUAAUAGGAAGUCCGGAUUUGGGACAUUGCGUUCCAUUUUCAAUGGUCCAGGAUCUCGACACGUCGAAAAGACAUGCCAAGUCUGGUCCAGAGGACUGCUGUGAUGUUGAGGAUUCAAGUUCAAGCCUUUGCUUUCUAUCAACUAAAAACGCGAAUAAGUCUGCAUACUGCUUGCCCGUGCGGCAAAUUUUGGAAAAAGCCACUCCAGGUUGCAACGAGACCGUGGAAUGCGCAAGUGCCAGUAGUAUUUGCUUACAUGUUGCCCAGACUAAUGGCACUAAACUAGUCCAGCUUCAACGGAAGAACGAAAAAGAUUUCCUCUUUGUGGGCAAUCCGGCCGAAAUCUACCACGGGAUCUCAACCUCCGAUUACAUACCUAAACACCAAUACCUAAGCGCCCGGCUGCCCGACAUGGCUGAGCUAUUUUGUCAUUACUUGGCAUCCUUUUCAGGCGCUCUGGCCAUAUUAAACGUGGUUCCGUGUUUCUUCUUGGACGGACAACACAUGAUCCGUGUGCUUGUGGACCUGCUCUGCGGUUGUUUCGAGCCCGGCAUUCGAUCCAUUAUAUCUCUGACCUUUACCAUAAUUGGAUCCAUUCUCUUAGUGGCUAAUCUAAUUGUCGGAAUGUGGCAACUUUUUUAACCGUGCAUUUCUUAAACCAAUAAACAAUGCAAACUCUUUGUG